AGGUAUGAGACGUUUAUGUUUUUCUCUUCAGCAAAUCUGCUUUAAUCACGCUCCUGCUUAAUUCAUCCGAACGCAAAAAUCCAUAAGAUAUGUUUAAUAAAGGCCUACAAAAAACAUCUAUUGACUAUUUCGACAAAACAAUAGAUUUAAUGUGCUAAAAUGACAGUAAUCUCUGGGUCAGUGACAUGGCCUGGUAGCACUGUAGGGUAAAAGGCCGGUCUUGGAGCCAAUUUAAAACAAGAGAAACUCUACACGAUGGGACGUGUUAUCAGAGGACAGCGUAAAGGUGCGGGCUCUGUGUUCAAAGCCCAUGUCCACCACAGAAAAGGGGCUGCCAAGCUCCGUCACAUUGACUUCGCUGAACGUCAUGGUUACAUCAAGGGAAUCGUGAAGGACAUCAUCCACGACCCCGGCCGUGGUGCACCCCUUGCGAAGGUGGCUUUCCGUGACCCAUACCGCUUCAAGAAGAGGACAGAACUCUUCAUUGCUGCUGAGGGCAUCCACACCGGACAGUUCAUCUACUGCGGCAAGAAGGCUCAGCUGAACAUCGGCAAUGUCCUGCCUGUCGGAACCAUGCCUGAGGGUACCAUCAUUUGCUGUGUGGAAGAGAAGCCUGGAGACCGGGGCAAGCUCGCCCGUGCAUCUGGAAACUACGCCACAGUCAUCUCUCACAACCCAGAGACCAAGAAGUCCAGGGUAAAGCUUCCCUCCGGCUCCAAGAAGGUCAUUGCCUCUGCCAACAGAGCCGUCGUCGGUGUUGUUGCUGGUGGUGGACGUAUUGACAAGCCUAUCCUGAAGGCUGGUCGUGCUUACCACAAGUACAAGGCCAAGAGAAACUGCUGGCCACGUGUCCGUGGUGUUGCCAUGAACCCCGUUGAGCAUCCCUUCGGUGGUGGUAACCAUCAGCAUAUUGGUAAACCCUCCACCAUCAGGAGGGACGCACCUGCUGGUCGCAAGGUUGGUCUCAUCGCUGCCCGUCGUACCGGCAGACUGCGCGGAACAAAGACUGUCCAGGAGAAGGAGAACUAAGUCUGCGAUUCUUGAUGAUAAUAAAAAAAGAAAAAUAUUCCCAAAAAAAACCUGUUUGCCUUUUUAUUGUGACCAUG